AUGGACCCCGCUCCCAACCUGGGGUACCUGCUGUCCUCGCGCCUGGGCGACGACUGGAGCGCGGACCGGUUCCAGCCCAAGCCGGAGCUCCUUGCCCAGCUGUCAACAGACGCGUUCGAAUCCCUCGACCCCUUGGUCAAGGCGCGCCUCAUUCUCUCCUGCCUAAUGGCCGCGUCCCGCCAGCAGCCGCGUGGCGCCGCGGCUGCGGCUGCGGCUGGCGCCGAGACUGGCGGCUUGCAGUCGCAGCAGCAGCAACCGGGCGGCGGCAGCCAGCUCGCGGCGCAGCUGCGACGGCUGGGGGACAUGGCCCUGGCGGACGACGAUGCGUGGGUCAAGGUGCUGGGCGCUGCCGCGGGGGACUUUGAUGGACGGCUGGACCUCGGUGCGGUGUGCGCUGCCAACCCCAAGGUGAACGCGACCGUGGCGCGGCUGCGGGAGCUCGCGGCCGGCUGCACCAACGCGCACCUGUACCCCCCUCUUGAGGAGUUGUACCUGGCGCCGUCAAACGCCGAGGCUGCGGCGGCGCAGCAGCAGCGGCAGCACCACCACUUCACCCCCAGAGCGCCCGGGGAGGUGCCCGCCCUGCGCGUGCGCGCCCGGGCGCCGGGCCCGCUCAGCCCCAAAGGGCUGCCGCGGCAAGGCUCAAUGCUUGCGCGGCGCGGCACCAGCACAGGGGAAGACGCCGCAUUCCGCCCAGCACGGGCGGCCGAGGCGCCGCCGCGUGCCCAGCAGCGCGCUCAGCAGCAGCCCGAGCGGCGCGCCGGCAAGCACCCUGUGCAGCCAGUGGGUCAGAGGGAGGCGGUGUCGCGGCUGUCGCUGCAGGCGCUCGCAGGGAACAAGGACGCGGCCAAGCUCCUGCGGCAGCAGCAGAAGGAAAAGCUGCUGCAGCAGCAGCAGCAGCAGCAGGAGCAGCAGCAGCAGCAGCAGCAGGCGCUUGAGCCACAGCAGCAGGCCCCCGCCGGUGGCGCGGCGCCCAAGGUUCGACUCCCCCUGCAGCUCAAGCGGACCGGGGGGGCAGCCCAGCCCGUCCAGCCGAGGGCCCCGCCACCAGGGCCGGAGGAGGACGAAGCAGGGGCCGAGCCGGUGCUGGGCAGCAGCGCUGCGCGGCUGGCAUCGUGGGACGACGAUGACGACGACGAUUUCGAGCCGGCCCGCGCGACGGCGGCCGCGCCGCGGCCGGCUUUGCAGAUCGCGCGCGGCGGGCGGCAGCCGUCAGGGCGUCUCCGCGCGGCCGCGGCGUCGGGGGCGGUGGCGGCAGACGUGUCGGGGGAGCAGCGGGCGGCGGAGGAGGACGCCCUGCUGGAGGAUGACGUGGCGCAGGGAGACGGGGCUGAGGCGCCGCAGUCAGCUGCGCGGCAGCUUCAGGAGCAGCAGCUGAGGGAGCUGUUUGAAGAUGAGGACGACGAGGCGGAGGCCGGGCCCACAGCUGGCGGCGCGUCGGCCACGGGCGCGGCGGGUGUGGAGGCAGCUGCGGCGGGCACGCCAAGUGCCAAGGCGAAGCGGCGGCGCGCGGUCAUUUCUGACGAUGACGAGGAUUAG